CAAACGACGCGCGGCAGGGCCGCGGUGCCACCGCCCACACACUCCCACCUCCACCCAGGGCCACGCCACGCGGACCGGAGCCCGGUACGCUGCUCACAGCCAACUUGCCAAGUCCUCGCGAGCGGCGAGGCCACCACGACGCGACAACCAACGCACGCUGAGAUCCCCUCCGUUCCGUUCCCCUCCAUGGUCUCGGCCAGCACGCCGCCGCCGCCGCCGACUGACGCCUCCGCGGCGGGGGAUGACGGUGACGCCAGCAAGAAGGUGAGGAAGCCGUACACCAUCACCAAGUCGCGGGAGAGCUGGACGGAGCAGGAGCACGACAAGUUCCUCGAGGCCCUGCAGCUGUUUGACCGUGACUGGAAAAAGAUAGAAGCUUUUGUUGGCUCAAAGACUGUCAUCCAGAUAAGGAGCCAUGCACAGAAGUACUUUUUGAAGGUUCAGAAAAAUGGAACCAGCGAACAUGUCCCACCUCCGCGACCAAAGCGCAAAGCUGUUCAUCCAUAUCCACAGAAGGCCUCCAAAAAUGAACCAAGCUCUACACUCAAGACAGAUUCAUCUUCCAUCCAUAGGAACUCAGGCACGAACGCAACUGUUUCUUCAUGGGCUCACAAUUCCAUCCCACCAGUUGUCACCUCAUCUAUGGUGAAAGAAGAUUUAGGUGCUGGAACAAUGGGUCCAAACAAUUUCUGCUCGAGCAGUAGUGAAGGCCCUCCAAGGGCAUGGCAACCUGGUGAAGCCAAUGAUCAGAUAAAUCAAGUUUCGUCACUCCGCCUUAUGCCGGAUUUUACGCAAGUAUACAGCUUCUUGGGUAGUGUUUUUGAUCCAAGCACAAGUGGUCAUUUGCAGAAACUCAAGGAGAUGAAUCCAAUUGAUGUUGAAACGGCAUUGUUGUUGAUGAGGAAUCUCUCCAUCAAUUUGACAAGUCCUGAUUUUGAAGAUCAAAGGAAGUUGCUAUCUUCAUAUAGCACUUCUGAUGUACUUGAGCUAGGGAGCUCCAGGAGUUAAGCUCUAGCAAUGAGUGCGCCUUUAAUGUAAGGAAUAAAGGCGAAUAGUGAGGCCAGGUCUCUCGGCAUAUAAUUUCAGUUUGACAGACCUCAGUAUGGUGCUCUGGCGCGGCACUGAUGAAGGCGUUUGCACCUUUGUGUUUCUAGAUACCUUCAAGCCUUCGGAUGGGUACAACCGUGUACAGUAGGCCUCCAAAAGGUGAGAUUUGUGUGACCUGAUGUGUAUAUAUAUUUUUGCCCUGAACGCGUGUACCCUUCCAGCCUUCCUACCCCAAAAGCUUGGUCAUCUAGGUGCCCGAAUGUUGCUUCAGUUAAAGUCUGUUCUUAGUAAUGGAAAGAGGAAAGGAAAUUUUGGGUAACGCUGAUUGCUCCCUUUUCCCUCCAUUGAGUUCUGUUGCUGAUAAUAGUUUCGUUUUUGGCUGCUAUCUGCUAAGGAGCUUCUGCCCCACGCGGCCAUGAGUUCCAUUCCCAUGACAUUGUCAAAUUACUCCGUCUGAGCAAACAUUGUGUGUAACUUUCAAUUGAGGUGAUCGUAGUGCUGUAAAGCGGCUUGCCUUCCCCGUUCCCAUGUAACUCUUGUUCCUAUUGUGCAUAGGGCGUUGCCCUUGUGUAAUAGAAAAAUAAAUUUUGAAUGUAAAGGAGACUUGUGCUACCAUUCGAAUUCUCUAUAGUGUAAAAGCAACCCAGUGACUUGCCA